GGACAGCAGCAUUUCCACUGACCAAUCACAGCCGACCAUGCGGAUACACACCAGCCAAUCAGCGUCCAGAACCGUAUUCUCGAGGCAUGUUUGCCUCCGUAUAUGGUAAUACGUACACUGCUCAUUCAUUGUCCGCCCGUAACGUACGUUGUUUUCUUUGUUGUAGAGAAGUAUGGCCCGUACCAAGCAAACCGCCCGUAAAUCCACCGGAGGAAAAGCCCCAAGGAAACAGUUGGCAACCAAGGCAGCCAGGAAAAGUGCCCCAUCCACUGGAGGAGUCAAAAAGCCCCAUCGAUACAGGCCUGGAACAGUCGCUCUGAGGGAAAUCAGAAGAUAUCAGAAGAGCACAGAAUUGCUCGUCAGAAAACUCCCCUUCCAGAGAUUGGUCCGUGAGAUCGCUCAGGACUUCAAAACCGAUCUCAGAUUCCAGAGUGCUGCUAUUGGAGCUCUUCAGGAGGCCAGUGAAGCUUACCUCGUUGGAUUGUUCGAAGAUACCAACCUGUGCGCCAUCCACGCCAAGAGAGUCACUAUCAUGCCCAAAGACAUUCAGCUCGCCAGAAGAAUUCGUGGAGAACGAGCUUAAACUGCCGUAAUUAAUCAGUUUAUAUUUGAAUACCAUGGCGGGACUGUUGGUUGUAUUUACAAAAUUGAUCUGACUUGAACUCACCGCGGAUCAAUUCAACCGUGACUUAUAAAAAUGACCAUCUCAGUAAUUGUUAUUUUGUCGGGAGGCUGUAAUUUUGUAAAGAUUUUGUGUAUUUGUUAGUCGAACAACCACUAGCAAUUCUUGAAUGGGAGUAGGAAUCUUGAAAAUUAUCACAACCUAUAAUUUAUUAGUCAGUGUGCUUUGAUAUACUGUCGAAAGCAAUUUAGUUCCACAUAUUCUUGUUUUUACAUUAGUAAAUGCAUCUCGGGUCAGUAGGUCUUAUUCGGUUUUAUUGCAUAUCCUGUAGCCGUAUUUCUGAAAUCAGUUAUGUUUUUCUCUGAUCAAAGACAGUGUAUUUCUGUUUUUAAUUUUAUUUAUUCAUAUUUGAAUGUAUUCCAAGUUUAA